UGGGAGAGGAGGGGCUUGUGGGUCGUGUCGAGUCUUCAGUGUAUCACCGAGCGAGCCGGGUUGCCUGUCUUUCAUUCAUCACCGGAACCGUGCAGCUCGUGCAUCAGCCGUGAUACCGUCGUCUCGUCUGCCAUCCCGUCUCCUCCGACCACCGACACCAAGGACACCUCGGCCGGACAUCACCCGCGGCGGGGCUACGUGGGAAAAAUGACAUGGAGCCUGCUAUCGCGCAACAGAGUGGUUUGCGUAUGUGUUUGCGUCGGCAAGGAGCCUACUGGCAUGAAGCACUGGAGCCAAGGAUCUACCCAGGAGACAUGAAUGAUUUUGGUGUCCAUGUUCUCAUCACACCAACAGGAUAAUCUACUGAAGACAUGUUAUUUCAAGAUGAAGAUCGAUACCAGCCUGACUAUGCUCCAGCUGCCUGAGGCGCUGUCCCAGGCAGGCCUUCAGUUCUCGGUAGCCACUGAAGAGGACUUCGAUGAGAUCAUGGCUAUGAGCCAGGACAUCUAUGGAGGCCUUGACUACCUGCCCACCCGGUACACCAACUGGCUGCAGGAGACCAACCGCACAGUCAUAUUGGCCCGCAAACAGGGGAAAGUGAUUGCUCUGGAGUCGGUGUGUGUGAUUGACGAUGGGGAGACUAUGCUGGUGGAAGGUCUACGUGUCGCCCCUCAGGAAAGGGGCAAGGGUGUGGCUGGAGUUCUGCUACGCUUUUGCUGCGAGCUGGUCAAAUCCAAGUACCCUGAGGUCAAAGUAACACGCUUGACCCGUGACGAUCAGCUUGGACCCAAGGAUUUCCAGAAGUAUCGCCUCAUAACCAAGCAGGGUAUUCUGCUGGUGCGCUUCAGAGCUGAAGACCUCAAGUUUCGUCUGUCUGAGCUCGGUCUGGGUGGAGACAUCCAAUCCACUUUGUCCACCUCCUCUUCAAACCCUCCGGUGCGUCUUGACCACACAGCUGUCCACCGGCUGUAUCUGACCACUGACCUGCUGCAGGGGCUCCUUCCUAAUGGCACCAUCAUUCAAGACUGGCAGCCAUUCAAGCUUUUGCCCAGUAACAUGGCCAUUCUACUGAAGAAGGACAUUGACUGGAUGGUGGAUGAUGUGUCCAACCCUACUAUGGCCAGCCUCUGUACCUUCCCUUUUAGGGUGCCCAUUGGAGAUGACUGGUAUUACCUGAACAUUGACAUGUUCGGUAAAGACCUGAACCUGGCUCGGCAGCAGUUCUUGUGCCACCUGCACCGCCACACUGCUAACCUGAAGGGUCACGUGAUGUGCCAGAUGUUCCUGGACCCACCACUCUGGAAGGCCAUGGCCGAAUUCUGCCGCAACACAUUGAGCGUGGAGCUGGUGAAGGAGUACACCGAGCAAUGCGUGGUGGAGUCAGACGUCGUCUAGUUACAGACGGUGGAUGGGAAAAGAGUAGAAGACGAAGGAGCCAGAAUGAAGACAAGGGUCUAGACAACAAGGAAUGGAGAACUCAAUUACACUUAACAGAAAAACACAACCCUCUGUACUGAGGAGAUAGAAACCAAGCAAACAAAAUGUAGUUUCUACAAAACAACAACUUCUAAGAGUGCAGUAAGUUAGAUUUAACAAUACACAAAGAAAUACAGGGAGUGGACAUAAAAUCAUGAAAACAUCAUGUAAUCAGCUAUCUUAAUGAUUAAUAUUCAGUUGGGGUCAGAGGUGUUGAUACUACUUUACAGUCAUUAGUACCAUUUUUAACACCGUAGUUUUGAGGUGUACUUAAUAUUUCAUGCCCACAAUGUACAUAAAGAGGGGGGACUAAAUAACAUAAACACCCCUUAGUAGAGGUCUUCACGGGUCAAAAAGUUUGGAAAACAUAACCAAACCCAAAGAUCAUUUGUUUUAAAUAAACCCAAUUGGAAAAGAGGUUCCAAGAGCAGUCAGACUCAAUUUGAAUAGCCAGAGGAUAAUUGGCUGCAUUUUCAAGAUGGUUUACAAUUGGUCAAAGGUGCACAACGGCCGUGCAUUUUUGCUCCAAAACAUCAGUGUUAGGAAUAGUUGUCAGUGUUAACCCUAACCCUAGGCUAACCCUAACCCUAAUGCAGUCCAAUGCCACAACACUACAAACUAUAGCCUUAAAUGGGACAUAUAGAGUUUAAUAAAUGAGUUUCUUAGCUUAUCUCAAAUUUUAUUAUAAUGAUUGCAUAGUUUUUACGUAUUAUAUCCACCCUCUGUAUGUCGUAUGACAUGAAAAUGUGUAAUAAGAGUGAUGAGAUUGGGAAGGCUUUCUCACACCGGUAGCAUUGAUGUAACCUAAAACCUAAAAACAGUCAACAUGCAAAUGCUAUUCUUUGAAGAAAAUUUUAAGUAACCUUAGGGCAUCUCAAACCUUUCAUCUCUGUUAUUUCUGUAAAUAUGAACCUUCUAAAUAUAUACAAGCUGAGUUGGGUUACUAAAUCUGCACAACUCUGAAGGCACUUUAUUAAAACUACACAGACAGGUUGUGUCUACGUUAGAAUGAAAAGGAAUAGUUCAGGAUCAAAUAGGGGUAAUUUACAGAUCCCAUUGCUCUAAGGUUAUGGGUGCAUCUAUUAACUAGUAUUACCUUAGGGACAUCAACAAAUCUCUGCAGAAACAACAAACAAAGCCUGUCAUCGAAAUGAAUGUCAGUCACAAAAUGGCUGACAAUUUAUCCUUCGUUAUGGUCAAGCUUAUGUCUUAGCUUUUGUCUUUUCAUUGUUUCAAAUCUUUUACUGUAUAUAUAUGUUACUAAUUUAAUAUUUUCACUUAAAUGCUGCAAUAAGAUUUUAACAGAAAUGAUUAACUUCUGAAGCUGUACAUGAAAUCUGGGCUUACUUUUGUAGAUUGCUAGCAUAAUGCCAAACAAAAUGCUAAUGCUUGAAAAUGUUUAACAGACUACUGUGCAGUUUACUACUGGCUUCAGAUGAAGCAGGGAGAAGGAGUAGAAUGAAAAUAACUGUGUUAGAAUUAACAGUAAUAUACUUAUUUGUUUUAACCAUCACUAAUAUUAGCUGGCAAACGCCUUUUAAAAUACAGUGUUCCCUGUAACUACACAAGACCAGCUUUGGCCAUGUUAGAGCAAACUAAUCUCUAGUUUACUGUACAGAAUAUUGUGGAUUAUACCAUGGCCAAGGACAGCACUAAUUUCAGGCACAUGUCCAUUAACAUGCUAACUACAUGGCUACAGGGAUGACGGUUGGUACUGUAGGUUGGUCCACCACUUUUGUCCAGACUUAAAUAUCUUGACAACUACAGGAUGGAUUGUCAUUAGACAGAGCAUUAAUCUGGAAAUUCCUUGACUUUUCAUAAUGCCACCAAUAGGCUCAAACUUUUACUUAUCCAAUGAAAUAUCACAACAUUUAUAAAAAAUU